UGGGAUCAUAUAUGGUCUCUCGUAAACUGCAGUAUAUGUAAAUGUAUAGUGCAGGAAUGAGGACAUUUUUUAAGUAUGGUUUCCUACCAUCUUGUAUAGUUUCAGGUAUACACAAAAGAGCGCGAAAACGUGGUAAAAAGAUGGAAAGUUUGUAGCGAUUUCCAAUUAUUUCACGAUUGUCAUAUGAUUUGGUUAUUCUUUUUUAAGUUCAUUGAAUAUUAUUUCUAAUUCUUAUACAGUCAUAUACAAUUCUGACAUAACACAAGUGUAAUAAGAUACAUUUUAAAAUAUUUCAAAACAUAACAAUUAAAGGAAGACAAAAAUAUUGUUGUAUUUAUAAUAUCUUUCAAAUUAUUUGUUAUAUCUAUGUAGAAUAUGCAUAUAAAUGUUAAUCAAGAUGGAUCUGGAUAAUAUACAAAAUGAUUCAUUAUGUUCCACGGAAAAUACAGAAAUGCUUAUUUGGGACAAAUGUGAAGUAUCACCAAAAACACCUAAAAGACAGUUUGGUAAAGAACUACAAAAUGAUAUCACGGAAACUCCAAGUAGAAGUAAAGAAAUUACAUUAAUGACACCAUUGAGGUCAACGCAUAAAAUAAAUUUAUUGCCAAGAUUAAGUAAACACAUGUCCCUUGGUGUACUUGAUUUGGUUGAAGGUUUUUCACCCAACAAGAAAGAAAAUACAUUAAAGAGAGAUGCACCUGAUGAACUAGACAAAUCUGCUGUAAAAUUAUUAAAAACUGAUGAAAAUCAUUCAGUUUCUAAAGCUAGAACAGCCUUAUUUCAAGAACAAGAUCACAAAGCUAAACUAAAGAAUUUAACUAUAAGUACUAAACACUUUUACCAAAAUUCCAAUGAGAAAAAGAAUUAUAAAGUAAUACACAAAUUAAUGGAAACAAAAUUGCAGAACAAAAGUUUAUCAGAACAUUCAAAGUAUCAUAAAAGAUCUCUAAGGAGACACACUAUAGGAGGGAUUAAUGCUGGAGUUUCACAUGGUAUCAGAAAGCCAAAACCAAAACCAAAAACAAAUUCAAAUGGUAAAAAGACUAAUAAUAACACAAUGGUCAUAAAUGAUAUGCAGAAUAGUAUGAAGGUGCAGGAAGAUUCAUUGAAAGAAAGACAGGAAACAAGUACAUCAAGUGUAGUACCAAUAGAAAGAACACUAUCACCAGAAGUUGAUUGUAAUAAACGCUUUUUUAAAACUAAACAAUCUCCAGCUGUAGUUAAAAUAAGCAACAAUAUCAAAUUAAAAAUCGCAUCAAAUGGUGAAGUAAAAUUGAAUCAAAAGAAUUAUAGAGGUAGAAAACAAGCUCACAAACGAAUAAAAACUACAGACAUUACUUUUGACGCUACUGAUUUAAUGGUAGAUGAACCAGAAAUAGAAAAAACAGUAGAACAAAGUAACAUUGAUAAUAUCUUAAAAAUAUUAGAAAAUGAUUGGGCUGAUGAUGAUUAUGACACCAUGGAUACUUUAAUUAGUAAACAGUAUGCAAAUAUUUCACCACUGAAGCCAGUUGCAAUAUUAAACGAUGUUAUUAUGUCACCGGCGAGUGAACUCACUAAUAUGACAUUAACUAUGAAUAUCAAAGACAACAGCACACUAAAUACUUACGAAAAUAUUAAUACAGAUAAUAAUAACAAGAAAGCUGAUGAAAUUAUUACUAAUACAUCAACUAUGAAUAUCAAAGACAUCAGCACACCAGAAACUUCAGAAAGUAUAUCUAUGGAUAGUGAUGAACAAAAUCCUGAUAAAAAUAUUACUGAUAUCCAAGGCAUUAGCACACUAAACGUUUCUGAAAAUAGUUUUACAGAUAAUACUGAUAAGAAGACUAAUGAAAAAGAACCCAAGUAUUAUCCACUGUUUAAUAAAGGAUAUGUUGCUAAAGUAUUCGAUGAAAUUGAUAACAAAUCAAUGCAUAAUACAAAACAAACUAAGAAUUGGCAAUUAUCCGUAAAACUAAAUGGUGGUGAAAAUCAGUAUCUGCUAGAUGCAGGUCAAAAGAAUUUCGGAGCAACACAAUGUAUGGAAUGUGGUGUUGUAUAUCAAAUAGGAGAUCCUGAAGAUGAAAAUGCUCAUUUAAAUUAUCAUAAUAAUAAAAAAGUUCUAAAAUUUCCUGGUUGGAAAACAGAACGGGUAAUUAUGGAAGACCCUUUUACACAAAGUCGAAUAAUUCUAAUAGAGCCAGGUGACUCAAAACAAUGUUGGAAGAAAGUAACAGAAGUUUUAGAAUAUGUAGACAGGGAUUUAGGAUUAACUGACACAAAAUUAUCAGAUUACGAGCAAAAAAGAGUGUACCUAUAUAUAAGGGAUAAAGUAAUCAUAGGGGUACUGGUUGCACAACAUAUAACGACAGCGUAUCGUAUGAUACCUGAAUUAUUAGAAUUAAACUGUUGUACAGUAGAAAGCAGUCCUGCUAAAUGUGGUAUAGAUGUUGUAUGGACUGAUAUGAAUCAUCGUAAACAAGGCAUAGCUACUAAGCUGGUUGAUAUAUUAAGAAACAACUUCUAUUUCGGGUAUGUAAUGUCUUUAGAUGACAUCGCAUUUUCAAUUCCGUCUUCAGGUGGAAAAAUAUUCGCCGAAAAAUAUACCAAAACACGAAAUUUCAAAGUUUAUAGUUAAAAUCUAAUAUCGAUCCUACAGUUCAUCUUUCUCGAAGACUACAUAUUUACUGAGGCUGAAUAUUGCAGAAUAAUGCGAAUGACGUGCACUACCUUAAUAAAAGCUAACAGUUCCUCACAGGUAUGAUAGAUCCUUCGAGUAACCUGUUUUUAAGAAAUGAUUUACAGGUCAUAAACUUAUAAAAUUCAUAAAUCUGAAAGGACUGGUUAAUACUAAUUUUGGAGUCAGUCUACCUCAAAUAUUUUAUUCAUUAUUUAACGAUGCUUAAAUGGAUAGGUAUGUAAGUUUCCUUAUGCGUUCUGUGUAUUUUUUGUAUUAUUUAUGUAUUUGUCCGACAGAAAAACAUUUGUAUAAUUUAUAUAUUUUAUGAAUAAUUAUAUGUGUCAUAAAAUGUUCUGUCGCUUUAAUAAUUUUUCUGAUGUUAUAUGACUAUAAACGUUUCGUAAAAUCAUCCUCAGAAAAAUUUUGUUUGGAUAUCUAGUGCCUUUUUAAAGAAGUGUGUAAACAGAUAGGAACCCGGUAAAAAACAAAGUCAAUGAACAAAAACACUUGUUAAAGGUCAAAAUAAAUUGUUCGUUCACGUACUCGACAAAGAAAUGUAAGCAAAACAGUAAUUUCAAAUAUAGACUCUUCCUAGAAUCAAAUCUGUUCAUGGAAAAGAGACUUAGAGACAAAAAUUUAUAAGUUAUAAAUUAUAUUAUUUUUCAAAUCACACGACAUUUAUUAUUAUUUUACAUAAUACCUAUCAAAACUUCUUAUACACAUUAAGUUUGAAUAGUAAAAUGUUACGCGAUCAACAACAAAAAAUUAUAAAAAUUUGAGAC